AAAAAAGACUGCAUUUUGUAAUCGAACAUUCAAGGGUCAAUAUUAAAUUUUACUUUUAUUGCCCAUUUGGGGAUUUGGUGGAUAUAAACUACAUAUGUACGUAUACAUAUAAACAUGACGUGGCAAUUUGAGCUACUCAUGCUUGCAUGCCAGUUGAAGUUCCUUUGCUCUGCCGUUAGAGAUAUUUGUUUCCACUAUGCGUCAAGUAGUAUAAUUUAAAGAAUUUUAUAAUAAUACCUUUAAGAGAGAUAACUUCCGGUAAUCAAAAUUUUCAAAAUUAUCAACACACCUAUUUUUGUGCUGUGCAGCACUGGCUAACAGCUGUUCGUGUUUUGGUUUUCCGCGACGUGCUCGGUGUUACGUGCUCUGCAGGAAUACCUCAGAUCUGGAGAGGAGAGAUGAGCGGACUCCUUCCAAAGUUGUGGCGGCAAUGUGAAGUGGGGCUAGUGCGCCGACUCAGCCAGUCACUGAUCGGCCCCGGCUUCAGUCACAGCCGCUGGACAGGGACUCGUCUCCUGUCCACGAAUGCGGAUAAAAAUCCGGCCACUGGACUCCGGGAAUUGCCCCAUUGUAAUGUGGGCACCAUUGGUCACGUGGACCAUGGUAAAACGACACUGACCGCCGCCAUUACCAAAAUCCAGUCACAGAAGGGUCUGGCGGAGUGCCUGUCCUACGACCAGAUCGAUCGGGCGCCCGAGGAAAAGGCUCGGGGCAUAACUAUAAAUGCUUGCCAUAUUGGGUAUUCCACUGCAGAGCGAACCUACGCUCACACGGAUUGCCCGGGUCAUGCAGACUACAUAAAGAACAUGAUCUCUGGAGCCUCUCAAAUGGAUGGCGCUAUCCUAGUUGUGGCUGCCACCGAUGGCCAAAUGCCCCAGACUCGCGAACACCUUCUUCUGGCAAAACAGGUGGGCAUCCAGCGCAUCAUAGUCUUUAUCAACAAGGCCGAUCUGGUGGACCAGGAGGUUCUAGAACUGGUCGAAAUCGAGAUGCGUGAAAUGUUGAGUGACUUUGGCUUUGAUGGUGUGAAUAGCCCGGUGAUUUGUGGCUCAGCGUUACUGGCCCUUCGCGAAGAUAAGUCGGAGUUCGGGGUUCCCUCAAUUGAAAAGCUACUUGAGCAAUGCGACACUUACAUACCAACGCCGCAGCGCGAUAUCGCGUCCCCAUUUAUACUGCCAAUAGAUAAUGCUUUUACGGUACCUGGAAGGGGAACCGUGGUCGUGGGAACCAUCAAAAGGGGCACCAUUCCCCGGAACGCGGAUGCCGAUCUCCUGGGCUUCAAUCAGAACCUGAAGACGAGCAUUAGUGACAUCCAGAUAUUCCGGAAGAGCGUGCCCCAGGCACAGGCUGGCGAGAACGUCGGUGCACUGCUGCGAGGUAUUAAAAUAUCCACCGUGGAGCGGGGAAUGCUGCUGUGCGCGACCGGUUCCGAGGACAUAUCCAACCACUUUGAAGGUUCCAUGUACCUGCUAUCGCGGGCCGAGGGCGGUCGAGUCAAGCCCAUGCUCUCCAAGUAUAUCCAGCAGCUCUUCAGCCAGACGUGGAAUAUUCCAGCCAGAAUUGACAUAAUUCCAAGUGAGGCUAUGCUAAUGCCGGGCGAGCAUGGACAGGUGCGCGUCACGCUGAUGAGGAAAAUGGUCAUGACGCCGGGCCAAGCCUUCACAAUCCGCGAGAACGGAGCCACGGUUGCUACCGGAAUGGUGACGCAGCGCCUGCCGUCUCUUGACCUGCCUAAAAACAAGUUAUCAAAAGUCUUGGUGGAUUGUUAACGACUCAAGAUUUUAUUUGUAAAAAUUCAUAAAUUGCUGUUCAUUAUACAGGAGUACUUGAUUUUUAUUAUAUAUAUUUGUAUGUGUUUAGGUAACACAUGUUACCUGCCUAGAAUGUUUCAAACAAAUGACAAUGUGGGUUAGGCUUGCAUAGUCUUCCGACAUCUCUGAGAAACACCACUAACAAGUUACAAGCUACGCAGAAAAUGAGAAUACAUAAAUAAAUGAAAUGCAACAGCAAUGCUUCGGUGAGCUCUUUGAGUCUUAUUCUAUCAUCUGUAGGCUUUACAAGUUUUUAAGGCAACAAAUCAGCCUGGUUAAGUACAAUCAUUGUAUGUAUAUAGAUUUAUUUAUGAUUUAAGGUACAAG